UGCCCUGGUGCGUCCGUCUCCCUCGUCUAUGCGCGUGUCUAAUAACCUCCCAAGAACUGCAACUACCUCCUACCUAUCUACCCUCCACACUCUUUCAAUGCUUUAACCCCCCUCCCUUUUCCUUAUUUAUAUAUCUCCUCUUCUUUCACCCUUACUUCCCAUUCUCACUCUCCACCUUUCUCUAUCUCUUCCGUACGUUUUCUCUCAACCCAGAGACUGCUGCCCAUUAUCUCUGUAUCAGCACAGCUAUUGCUAUGGCACCCUCGUUUUAUGAUCCCUCUGUCAGCACGGUUUGCGUGAUGGACGCUUCGGGUCACCUUGGCUUCAAUUUGGUCAAGCGACUCCUUCAACGGGGCUAUACCGUCCAUGCCUCUGUUCAGGAUCAUGGGGAGGAGCAAUUCCGUCGGCUUUCCUCGGAUUCCGAUAAGCUCAAGAUUUUCCGAUCGGACCCGUUUGAUUACCACAGCAUAAUUGAUGCUCUCAAAGGCUGCUCUGGCUUGUUUUACAACUUUGAGCCACCGAAAGAUCAGCCUGAUUAUGAUGAAUACAUGGCGGAUGUGGAGGUUAGAGCUGCACACAACGUGCUAGAAGCUUGUGCUCAAACAGAGACCAUUGAUAAAGUGGUGUUCGCAUCCUCAGCCACCGCCGUUGUGUGGAGGGAGGAUCGCAAAUCCCUUGACUUGGAUGAAAGGAAUUGGAGUGAUGUCAACUUAUGUCGAAAGUUCAAGUUAUGGCAUGGGAUGUCAAAGACGGUGGCGGAGAAGACAGCCUGGGCGCUGGCCAUGGACCGAGGGGUGAACAUGGUGUCUAUCAACGCCGGCUUGUUGAUGGACGACCCCGAUCUCUCCAUCAAGACUCCAUACUUGAGAGGCGCCGCCGAGAUGUACGAGGACGGAGUGUUCGUGACCGUCGAUCUUGACUUCUUGGUGCACGCCCACGUCUGCAUCUUCGAAGACGUCUCAUCCUACGGUCGCUAUUUGUGCUUCAACCGCGUCAUCAAUACUCACCACGACGCCAGCACUCUCGCUCGCAAGUUGACUCCUUCAGCCCCUUCCACGUCCCACAGUGAGGAGGGCAAAAAGUUUGUAGAGCAAAGAAUAAGCAACAAGAAGUUGAACAAGUUGAUGGUGGAUUUCCAGAAAUGAAUUGAUUGAUUCGGCUAUGAGGUGGAGGGGAUUUUAGAGCAGUGACGACACGUUAGAAUAUCGGUGGGGGAGGACUAUAAGUAAUUUAACUUAUUGGGGGGGGGGGGCCUCAUUUAUUCAGAGUUGUAUGUAGGUUGGCUUGUGUAAGAAAUCAAUGUAAUAAUUUUGUGAGAUAAGUCGAGGCAAGUUGCUUGCCUUUGUGAUAAAAACGACCUCCAAUUUUUUUAUUCUUUGCUGAAUGCAAAUGCCGCUUCCUGAUUCGCCCUGCACAA